AUGUCUAUAGAAGAUUUUGAUCUUUCCUUGGUUUCUUCAGGCUUAUCUUCCAACUGUGAGUCCCCCAAGUACUCGGCGACGUCAUUUUCCACCACGGAUGGAUUCUUCCACUUUCAUACCACGUUCAUUGCGGAGUUUACACUACAGUGUAGUAACAAUGUUAAGGUAUGUUAUGUUAUAAAUGGGAAUAUCUAUAAUGUAGCCGUUUCAGUAGAGACCGCUAAAUACCAGGUAUCUUGGUCUCAAGAACAUGAUCAAUCUGAUGCACAGUUAGUCUCCAUAAAGAUUUUUGAUGAAGAUGGCAUAUCCUAUGCUUUUUUUCAGAAUCCUAGUGCCGCUCCCCUAUUCACAAUUGAUCAUUACCAUCCAGGUCUCACGCGCAAGCCUUUCGUGUCUUCGGAAACCGUUGCUUUGUUUGUGUUCAUUGCUGCUCUCUACUACGCUAUCAAACAGAAGUCGGAAAUCACCCAUUAG